UUCGCUCUGGCGGGGAAGCAGAGAAGCCAUUGAGAAUAGGUACUCAAAGGAACACCAUCAUUAGCAGUAGGAAAAGAAGCAGACGGAAGAAGAACAUCCCUGAAUUCGAAAGCCAGAGAAGAAGAAGAAAAAGAAGAAGAACACAAGACCUCUCCUCACAUGGCGGCUUCAGAAGAGAUGAGGAAGGGCCCCUGGACUGAACAAGAAGACAUGCAUCUGGUUUGCUAUGUUCAUCUCUUCGGCGAAAGCCGCUGGGAUUUCAUAGCAAAAGUCUCAGGUCUGAACAGAACCGGGAAGAGUUGCAGGCUUAGAUGGCUUAAUUAUCUUCAUCCUGGGCUUAAACAUGGCCGAAUGACGCCCCAGGAAGAGCAGCUCAUAGUAGAACUUCACUCUCGUUGGGGAAAUAGAUGGUCUCGGAUUGCCCGUAAACUCCCUGGUCGUACAGACAAUGAGAUUAAAAACUACUGGAGGACUCAUAAGAGGAAGAAGGCUCAAGAGAGACAGAACUCUCAUCUUUCCCCAUCAUCCUCCUCCUCCUCACAAAACCCUAUCGCCAUGACAGAGGCCGAGAAGAAAAGGCUCGAACAGAUCAACCAUGGGAACUCAAUCUCGACAUCAUGGUUCGAUGAGGAAGAUGGAGAAGUCAAGGGCUACUCCAUGGAUCAAAUAUGGAAUGAGCUGGCUAUAUCAGAGAUUCCAUGGCUGAACUUUGAAGGAUGGAAGGAAAAAAUCAAUGAAGUUGAAGUUUCAGAAAUGGCUUCUCCUCUAUGGGAUUACUCUGAAUCGCAGAUGGGGAAGGUUGAUGGUGAAGAUCUGAAAAUUAUUUCACCCAUGCCUGCUCUUACGAUUCCAAACUACCACUAUGGAACUGAGAUGUGAUGGACACUAAAAAAGGCAUACAGAUGGGUUUCCUUCUCUGAACCAAAAAGCUUCAUGAGUUUCUGUUCUUGUAAGAUAGAAUUAAGCAUCUUGUUAGAUUAUCUCGUCUGUGUUUGUAGAAAAAAUAUUAUCUCAGGAGUACUGAUGCAUCAGUACUACAAUGAGGGGGUGCCACGUAGGCAAUGGUCCCACCGUGGUGCCUACGUGGCACCCCUCAUAGGAGUACUGAUGCAUCAGUACUCCUGAGGUAAUAUUUUUUCGUGUUUGUACGGUGAUUUCCCUGAAGAGAGAAAGAGCUUGGGAAAUGGUGAAAAUACUUACUGUUCUCUGAUGUAUUUAAAGACAGGGAAUUGUAAUAUUAGACUGUUGAUGUAAUGAUGCGCUUUUAAAAAUGAAAGAAUAUUUGCAAUA